AUGUGUCCCAUGGCACUGGUUGCCAUGGGAAACGCCUUGGCCUUGAAUCCAGUCUUCUUUACCAGCAGCCCACCCAAUCCUGUCACUCUGCUGAAGACUUCUCCUCAGAUUAUUGAUCUGCACAAUUUGAAGCACUUUCUCCAUUCCACAAUUGCCCAAAAAAAGGGAAGUCUCUGCCCAGCACAAAUUCUACCUCCAGGGUCUCACCUUUCAAGAGCUUCCACUGUACAGAGCCAUAGUCGGUUACAAAGAUUUAUAUCAUAUACUGGAACUGGACCUGCUCUGAUGAUGAAUGGGACCAUUUGUAACUCCUCUAAUAAUGACAGCUGUGGAGACUAUAAUAACAAUGACAUCUCGCUUGAUGACCCUUAUGAUUACUAUUUUGUGUUCCUGUGUUUUUUUUUUUUACUGGGAACCAUAGGAAAUGGUCUGGUCAUCUGGUUCUGCCUCUUCAGGAUGGAGAAGACCGUCAAUGUGAUCUGGUUCCUCAACCUGGCGAUAGCUGAUUUUAUAUUUGCCCUGUUUCUUGCUUUCAUUAUUGUAGACUUAGUAUUUCUGAAUGACGGGCCACUUAGUGACUCGACCCUGAUCACCUCGUUUGUAAUCUAUCUCAAUAUGGUGGUCAGUGUCCUCCAGCUCGCAGUCAUCAGUGUAGACCGCUGUAUCUGUGUCGUAUUUCCGGUUUGGUGUCGCAAUCACCGGACCAGAAGAUUGGCUCUAAUUGUUGUCCUGGUCAUUUGGAUUUUUUCUAUUUCUUCACAAAUAAUUGAUUUCUUUGUAUUGGAUGACAAUUAUGACGGGAGUCCUAUUGUAAGGUUUCUCUUUCUCUUCCUUCUUCCGUUCAUUGUUAUCGUCUCAUCUUACACAAUCCUUAUCUUGCGCAUCAAAGAUAAAAACAUCAUCAAAUCUUCCAGGCCUUUUAAGAUCAUCGUAGCCGUGGUCAUCACUUUCUUCAUUUAUUGGUUCCCUUAUUAUUUGUUUGACCUUUUGGAUAUAAUUCUACGUACAAACAUCAAUGUCUAUGAAGCUGGAAUAAAAAUGAGUUCAUGUCUGAUGUAUUUUAAUUGUUGCAUUAACCCCAUUCUCUACGUCUUCAUUGGUCAGGAUUUCAAACAAAAAUGUUGUGGCUCUUUCCAGGCUGUAUUUGAGAAGGCCUUCAGAGAAGACAUGGGCCAGAUGAAUUUCAUGGAAAACUAA